AUGUCGAAACGGAAAAUACCACUGCGGACACUACAGGCGCGACUCCGAGGACUACAAACGACGUUCACGAACUUGUACACGUUCAUGGAGAAAUACACGGCCAACACGAAGCCUUUGGAAGUCUCCGUGCGACUGAACAAGCUGGAUUGCCUGUGGGAUCAGAUGAACGAGGUCAUCGACAACAUCGUAGCCCACGACGAUUCACCCGACGAUCCCGAAGCCUACGUGAAAGAUCGGCUUGAUUUCGAAAACCGAUUCUUCACACUGAAAACUUUCCUAUUGGAAAAGAACGAGCCGGCACAAAACACUCCGUCUACUUCUACCCCUAAUACCUCCUUCGGUUCUACCCCUCACGUACGAUUACCGCAGAUCUCGCUUCCCAAGUUUGGCGGUAAAUUAGAUGAAUGGCUCACGUUUCGCGACCUUUACACCUCGCUUAUCCACUGGCAGGUGGACCUCCCUGCCGUAGAAAAAUUCCAUUACUUGCGAAGCCAAUUGGAAGGGGAAGCAUUAGCCGUGAUCGAUUCUCUCCCCCUUACCGCAGCAAACUAUAAUGUGGCAUGGGAUCUCCUCACACAACGGUUCACCAAUUCCAAGGUUCUGCGAAAACGUCAGGUACAGUCCCUCUUCGAGCUGCCUACGGUUAAGAAGGAAACUGCAUCCGAAUUACAGUCUCUCCUGGAUGCCUUCGAGAAGACUGUAAGAUCCCUCGAUCAAGUCGUCGCUAACAAGGCGGACUACAAGGAUCUGAUGUUGGUGCAUGUAUUGACAUCGCGGUUGGACAGCACCACCCGGAGAAGUUGGGAGGAACAUUCGUCCGAACAACAGACGGACACCCUAAAGGAUCUCACGGAUUUCCUCCAACGUCGUUUAAGGAUUCUGGAAGCUCUCCCUGGCAAGGCGCCGGAACAGAAGGUGGAACUCGGACACACCAAACUGCCGAAAAAGGUUUCGGCGAUAAAAUCCUGCAACGCUACGUUCCAAUCAUCAUCACCGAGCAAAUGCAUCGUCUGCCCAGAGACACAUUUGCUGUACCAGUGCCCUCAGUUUCUGAAAAUGGCAGUUUCGGAUCGGGAUGGAGUACUUCGGAGCAAUUCGCUCUGCCGAAAUUGCUUUCGGCGGGGUCACCAAGCAAAGGAUUGUUCGUCUAAGUUUUCCUGUCGGCACUGUAGAGCGAGACAUCACUCACUCGUGUGUUUUAAGGGGAAGGUAGCCGAAGUUAAGACGAAUGAGAAACCCGAGUCAACCACUACUACAUCGGAAUCAAGCUCAGAACCAACUACUUCAAAGGUCGUUAACCUGGCAACGACCGGAGCGAAGGUUUGCAACACAGCCACAGCGUCAACAACGGGUGUCGUUCUACUCACUGCAGUCGUGGUGCUGGAAGACGACAAGGGCAACAAGGUGCAUGCUAGGGCGCUGCUGGAUAGUGCAGCCGAAUGCAAUCUGAUUAGCAGACGGCUGCGGAAAAUGCUGGCUGUCAAGGAGGAAGCCAGUACGGUCGAGGUUAUUGGUAUCCAAGGGGUGGCAUCCAAGGUCCAAGGAAGGGUUACAGUCCUGGUACAAUCACGGGUCACAAACUACAACCAACCGAUGGAAAUCUACGUUCUUCCAAAAAUUGCAGCACAGGUGUCUACCGCGGUGGUCGAUACCAGCAUGUGGGACAUACCCAAGGGGAUCCAAUUGGCGGAUCCGGACUUCCUCAAAGGAGAACGAAUCGAUCUUCUGCUAGGGGCGGAAUCAUUUUUCGAGUUCUUCGUUUCUGGUCGCCGCAUUCGGUUGGGUGACAAUCUACCAUCGUUGGUCGACUCCGUCUUCGGAUGGGUGGUAACAGGCAGAUAUUCGGUCAGCGGUCCAAUCCAAUCUGUCCUGUGUGAUGUUGCGGUCUCCAGUCGGCUCGACGAAAUUCUCGAACGGUUUUGGAAAUGCGAAGAAGUUGGGUCGGAGAAUAACCAUUCUCCUGAGGAAGCAAGGUGCGAAACCCAUUUUGCGCAAACGGUGCAGCGAAAUUUGUCUGGUCGGUAUGUGGUGUCAUUGCCCAAGAAUGAGGAAGUUUUAGUCAAGCUGGGCAGUUCUAAACCGAUCGCGGAAAGGAGGUUUUUCCAGUUGGAGCGGCGUUUGACGAGAGAUGAGAAGCUACGGGAGGAAUACUGCGCCUUCAUGGCCGAAUACAAGGCUCUGAAACAUAUGCGAUUGGUUGAAGAUACCGAAACGGAAAAAGGUCGGUGCUACCUCCCACAUCAUCCAGUUGUGAAGGAGGAUAGCACAACCACAAAGGUGAGGGUUGUAUUUGACGCUUCGGCUCAAACAGCGUCAGGAUUUUCCCUCAACGACGGGUUGCUCGCAGGUCCUGUGAUUCAGGAUGAUUUGCGAUCGAUAAUACUGCGAAGCCGGACUCGUCAGAUCAUCCUAGUGGCCGACAUAGAAAAAAUGUUUCGGCAGAUAGAAGUCUGCCCGGAGGAUUGCCGUCUUCAAUCAAUUUUGUGGAGGUCGAGCCCAGACAACCCGCUGGCUACAUAUGAAUUAUCCACCGUAACCUAUGGCACCAAGCCUGCUCCUUUUCUUGCCACCAGAGCCCUGGUGCAACUCGCCACGGAUGAAGCGGAGGAACUCCCGCUGGCGGCCAAGGCCGUCAAGGAAGAUUUUUAUAUGGACGACGCCAUUACCGGUGCGGAUGACCCGAUUGUUGCCAAGGAGUUGAGGAUCCAGCUGCAGGAACUACUACGAAGAGGAGGAUUCGUCCUGCGGAAAUUCGCUUCCAACUGCGAAUCAGUCUUGGAAGACCUACCAGCUGAAAAUCGGGCGAUUCAGACGACGGACGGAAUUCAUUUGGACCCAGAUUCGACGAUCAAGACGUUGGGCUUGGUUUGGAUGCCCAAUACCGACACUUUCCGGUUCAAAUUUCGAAUCUCCCCGAUAACAGAGGAUGCCGUAUUCACCAAGAGGAAGGUUUUGUCAGAAAUUGCCACUCUUUUCGAUCCCUUAGGACUCGUCGGCGCGGUUAUCACAAAGGCAAAAAUCGUCAUGCAACUACUGUGGCGCCUGCAGGAUGAAAACAAUCACCAGUUGGCAUGGGAUGCCAAGCUCCCUCCUAAGGUAGCAGAAGAAUGGGUCCGGUUCUAUCAUCAACUUUCUGUAUUGAACGAGCUUCGCAUUGAGAGACUGGUCACCAUACCGAAUCCAAUCAACAUCCAACUACACCUGUUCUCAGACGCUUCCGAAAAGGCUUUCGGCGUCUGCGCCUACCUACGGAGCGAAGAUGCAGAAGGAAGGAUUAAGGUUGCUCUACUAUCGUCGAGAUCGAGAGUUGCACCCUUGAAGGCUCAAUCAAUCCCUAGGCUUGAGCUCUGCGGUGCUCUACUAGCAUCGGAACUAUACACCAAAAUCAAGGCUUCGAUCCGCUUCACUGGAGAAUGUUUCUUCUGGGUGGACUCUACGACCGUUUUGCGGUGGCUACACGCCCCACCCCUAACAUGGGCUACAUUUGUGGCAAAUCGCGUAUCGAAGGUGCAAGCAUCCACGGAAAAUUGUCAUUGGCGACACGUGCCCGGAGAACAGAAUCCGGCAGACCAAAUUUCACGGGGAAUCUGGCCGGAGGAAAUUAUCGACAACCAGCUUUGGUGGGAAGGACCCGCCUGGCUUCGGACUAGCUUGGAAAAUUGGCCAUCACUGCAAGCUUUCACUUCGGAAGGACACGAGGAAGAACGGAGGCGAGCAGCGUGCGUGAUUACUGCAUCAGAAACUUCAAAUUUCUUCGCAGAGUAUCUGGCACGUUUCUCCAGCUUCACCACCCUAAUCAGGACAACGGCCUAUCUGCUACGCUAUCUGCAUAAUCUUCGUUCUAAAAAGGGACUGCGACGGUCGUUUGGUUUCCUAACCACCGAGGAAUUGCAGCUGGCGGAAAACUUCAUCAUUCUCCGCGUCCAACGAGACACCUUUCAUCGCGAGGUCAGUGCACUCACUAAAGGGGAAUUUGUUCCACGAUCAUCACGGCUACGUUGGUAUCAUCCGUUCGUGGCAGAUAAUGGAUUGCUACGAGUUGGGGGAAGAAUAGGACAAGCGAAGGAGCCCGAGUACACAAUCCAUCCAAUAGUACUACCUGCUCGUCAUUUGUUCACCAAGCUGUUGAUGCGCUAUUACCACCAUCGUUUAUUGCACGCUGGACCACAGUUGAUGCUGAGUACUGUUCGACUUCGGUAUUGGUGCCUCGGUGGACGAAAUUUGGCGAGGGAAGUCUACCAUCAGUGUGUGCGAUGUUACCGCACGAAACCCAAAGCAAUUCGGCAGUUCAUGGCGGAGCUGCCCACCCCCCGUGUUUCCCCAACGCGGCCGUUCGCAACAACAGGUGUGGACUACUUCGGCCCAGUGUACGUCCGGACGGGAUAUCGGCAGCGAGCGGUAAAGGCAUACGUGUCAGUCUUUGUGUGCUUUUCGACCAAAGCGGUUCAUUUAGAACUGGUUACCGAUUUGUCGACUACGCGAUUUAUCCAGGCACUACGGAGGUUUGUGUCACGCCGCGGGAGGUGUGCCAGCCUCUAUUCGGAUAACGGCACCAAUUUUGUUGGCGCCAAAAACCAGAUGAUGGAAUUGAUUAACCGGCUGAAGUCCAAGGAUCAUCACGACGCCAUAGCGAAGGAAUGUGCCGAAGACGGAAUGGCAUGGCACUUCAUUCCUCCCGGCGGGCCCCACUUCGGCGGUCUGUGGGAAGCCGCGGUGCGAUCGGCGAAGGUGCACCUGUUACGUGUGUUGGGAGAUACGGUGGUGUCCUACGAAGACAUGACAACGCUUCUCACCCAGGUGGAGUGCUGCCUGAACUCCAGGCCAUUAACCCAGCUGUCCGAUGACCCCGAGGAUCUGCAGCCAUUGACCCCUGGCCAUUUUCUGGUAGGUUCGGCCUUGCAAGCCCUACCAGACGAGGAUUACUUGCAGACGUCGGUCAGCAAACUUCAGGAUUUCGCAGCCACUCAACGAAGACUCCAGGAUUUCUGGAAGAGGUGGAGAGCUGAAUACCUGGUACAACUUCAAGCUCGCACCAAGUGGUGGAAACCACCUGUCGACGUCGCUGUGGGCAGUUUGGUUGUUAUACGAGAAGACAACGUUCCACCAACCCGGUGGAAAUUGGGUCGGAUCAUCGACACUCAUCCAGGUCCAGAUGGUGUAGUCAGGGUCGUUUCUUUACGGACGGCCAACGGAACUAGUACGCGUCCAGUUACCAGAAUCUGCAUUCUACCGAUUCCGGUCUCCACGGAGGCGGGACCAGCUGAAGACGAGGAAGACAACUGA